AUGUCAACAUUAUCAAACACAAGGCUAAGUAUAAUACGAUAUAUACAAGCAUUUUUCAUUCCUGAUUCAUCAUUACAUUCACGUCAAAAAUGGCUUUUAGGUUUAAUUAAUUUAUCAGCAGUUGUAAUACUAUGGGUAUCAUCAAGUUUUUUAGUAAAUGAAAUGGUUGAAGAUAAUUCAUAUAGAAAACCAUUUUUUAUAACAUGGAUAAAUACAAGUUGUUUUACAUUAUAUAUUAUACCAUAUUUAAAAAUUAAAAAAUUAAAUAUAACAAAUUUUUUAAAAAAAUUUAAAAAUGAUUAUGAAUAUAGUAAACUACCUGCAAAUAAAAAUGAAGAAGGAUUAAUUAGAAAUUAUGGAUCUGAUGAUAAUUUAGCUAAUACUGCUUCAUCAAUUGAAGAAAAUAACACGGUAAUAACAAAUGAUGAAGAAUUAAAUAAUUCAUUAGAUAUUAAUAUUUAUGAAACUUUUCAAUUAUCUGUACAAUUUAUAAUAUUAUGGUUUCUGGCAAAUUUAGUAACUAAUGCUUCAUUAUCUUAUACAUCAGUUGCAUCACAAACUAUAUUAUCAUCAACUUCUUCAUUUUUUACAUUAAUUAUUGGUUAUUUAGUAUCAGUUGAAAAAAUUAAUCAAAAUAAAAUAAUGGGAAUUUUGUUAAGUUUUUCUGGAGUAUUAAUAGUAACAAAAGCAGAUACAUCUGAAUCAAAUCCAAAUAAUGGUGGGAAACAUUUUUCACCUUUAUUAAUUUUAUGGGGUAAUUUAUUAGCUUUAUCAGGAGCAUUAAUUUAUGGUAUCUAUACAAUAUUAUUAAAAUUUAAAAUUUCAAUACCUAACUCCAAAAAGGAAAGAAAUUUAAAUACUCAUUUAUUUUUUGGAUUUGUUGGAUUAAUUUGUCUUAUUGGAUUUUGGCCAAUUUUAAUUAUUUUACAUUUUACAAAUAUUGAAAAAUUUCAAUUACCUUCUGAAAAAAUUAUGUCAAUUUUUUUAAUUGUAAAUGCAAGUAUUACUUUCAUAAGUGAUUUUUGUUGGUGUAAUGCUGUCUUAUUAACUUCCCCAUUAACUGUUACUGUUGGAUUAUCAAUGACUAUACCUUUAGCAAUGAUUGGUGAUUGGGUAUUAAAAGGUUUUGAUUUAAAUUUAUUAUAUAUAUUUGGAGCAAUCAUUGUAGCAACAGGAUUUUUAAUAAUUAAUAAAGAUGAAGAAGAAGAUUUUGUAAUAGAUGAGUAG